UUGUAACUAGUGGGCGAUCCCUGCCCAGCACUGGUGAGACCCCCCUCCUUCAACUGCCUCAGGGUCGGCGUACGCGCUUGACUAUCGCGGCCAAGGAAACACUUAAACACUUUAUGAUACACAAACCCACUUUAUUUCAACUUUUGCACUACAGGUACCUUUAUUUGACUACUUUUCCACCCACUUUCUUACUGGCUACCUCCUACCUUACUCUCUCUUCUUCUUCACUUUUGGCGGGGCCCCUUCUUCUGGUUCCGCUACUACACCUUCUCCUUCGUCCUUCCUUUCGGUGUCUUUCUUCUACGUUGUCGCCUUCCGUUGGGUUGGGCUGCCGUUCGAUGUCCGAGUCGCGGGUCUAGUCGCGUCGCGUUAACUCCAGGACACGCUUCCAAAAUGGCCGUGCCCCUAUUAUCCGGCGUCUAACUGGCCAACGGCGGUCUAUCCGGUCGACGGAGUGGCGUUCUUGACGGUUGGGCCAAACUCCGGACCUUGGUUGGUUCGCACAGCGUUAAGGCGUACUUUCGGCAGUUCUCCGGCCAGGUAAGUACUAGGCACAGGUAUGUACUAGCUGCACAGGCUAUUUAAAACUAUAGCACAGGGGUCCUGUAUGGGGGGGAUUUUGGCGGUUAAUGAUGGGCUUGGUCGGAAUUAAUGUAGGCCUUGGGUUACCUGGAUGCUUUUUCCUAAUCGCUUCUUCCACUUUCGCACGACUUGUAACAAAGUCACUUUCUUAAAUUUGGUUCAAUCACUUUUGGUUUAGCUUUGCUAACUCACGUCUUCACUUCUCGAGAAUUGUAACGUAAUUGCUGGAUUAGCGAUGGCGGUUCAUGCUCCAAGCCUUCGACCGUGCUGUAAUCCGCCCAUCAUAUUUCGCCCCAUCAUGGCCCCCCUUUACACCACCCACAAUGGCCGCCCAACAUGUCCUUCUGCGAUGCCUGGUGGUGAGUAGCGGAACUAUUGGCUGCGUUACCUCACAGUGGGUGUUGGGUAGUGUCCAGUUUAGACAUUUAAGGACUUCCUUGGAUUUACAUAACAAAACAACGAAACACAAAAUCACGAAAAUCUCACAAAUCUUGGACACUUCAACACACCACUGGUUACACUCUCCCCCCGCUCGGGUUAAAAAAAUUCGGUGAAGCCGAUAUUUUUUUUUGUUUUCAUACACAAGAACAACAACUUUGUGACGCGUACCUCUGAACCAGGGUCUUCACAAACAGAACAAAACUUACUCACACACUCUUUUUUUUAACACUAAUUGACUCCUGAAAAUCUCAAACCUAUUCAAAAAUAACGAAUCAAAGUUGUAAGCUAGGGAAAAAGUAGCGUUUUAUUAGUAUCAGCCAAAUUUUGGGUCGGGGUCAUAAGUUUUCAUCGUUGGUAUUCCAACUCCACUCUGUUUCGAGGCUUUGGCCUCCUACUGACCAUCAACAUCUUACGAUUCCGGUCUCCAGCGAACCCAUUAAACUGUACAUAAAUUUUGGACCAACAUUGAAGCAAAACGAAUUAAAAUAUAUACGAACAUACUAUAAUAACAAAUUAAAAAAAUAAAAUAACAUUUUAAAACAUGCAUUUAUCAUUUUUAAUGAUCAUGCAAAGCUUAAAUCUACCAUGGUAUUAAAAAAAAAAAUUCCGGAAUAAUAUUUACAACAUUUACAAAGUUACUCUAGAGUACGGUAUGAAAUAUUUCACUAACGUUUCGUUUCACUAUGUCGGAGUCAGAGCCCAUCAGUGUAAUCAACUGUGGCUUUGAUGACAUUAUCGGUCUUAUCAGUGUGUGCGUACGAAUGACUAUGAAUAACCAAACUGUCAAAUCUAUUGUGUUUACAAUAUGGUGAAACGUGGUAUGGUGCGGAUUAGUUUGAUGAAUUUGUGGUUAAAAUCGGUUAAAAUUUGGUGCAUUUUGAGAAUUUAUUAUCAUUUUGAUGACGCGUCGAAGAAAACAAUUUGGCCAGUUGAUCAUUUUGAUAGUUUAUUUCUCAAAAUCUCCUAUUUUUGCUGAUCUUAGCUAGAAGUUCAUCAACCAUGAAAAUUGCAUGAAUGUUGAAAAGGCUUUUAGAUCUGCUGCGGAGAACACUCCCAGCGACCUACCGUUCAUGUCGGCCACCUCGUAGGAACUAUUACCCUUCCUAGCGACGAUGACGCACGGCUUAUACUGUGGGCCUAACUUCGCGUUGAAGUUUUUACCAGCUUCGGACAGAGCGAAACUACGCUUGAAAACUCGCUGUCCGACAGUAAAUGUAGGUUUUCUUUGACGAGGUCGAAAUUCUUCUUGCUGAUACCCUUCAGCAUCUCAGCACGAUCAUCCCCUGAGAGCUCACUCUCUGCUUCUCUGCGAUGGUCCGAUCCACGUGUGACCAUUUCGUGCCCGAAGAUGAUUCUAUGAGCUUCGUCGAUCGUAUCGAUAUGUUGAGAUACCGUAGGACGGAUCCCGAAAGCCUGCCAGAAAUCGUAGCCGAGAAUGCAGCGACGACUCAAGUUUGGAGCGACCAGAACUGGUAUCGUGUUCACAUUGGCUGCCAGCAUCGCGAUCCUACAGUCUUCACGAGUGUUCCGGAAAAGGACGUCAAACUUCCGUUUUUCAUCCCAGGGGCACGACAUGCUACGGAAGAUCCGGACCAUGUCCAAGUAAAAGUCCUGGAACUUCUCUCUGGGACCCUGCUUCCGGUUAUUCGCCUGCCGUUCAUAGACAUAGUCAAUGUCGACCGAUGGCUACGCAGUGUCCGCUCAGCUGCGCUACGAGAGACGUCCAGAGGAAUGUCCCUGAUUUUCAUCUCAUGCUCCAGCUCAUCGAGGGUGAGAUGCCCAGGAUUCAUCGCGUGGUACCACGCCACGAACUGGGGCAUAGCCAUCUCUUCCAGUGCCAUUCAACAAAGAAAAUCAGAAUAAAAUUGAAAAAGAAACUAAAACGGUGUUCAAGUGGGGGUUUCCACUGAACCAAAUUUGAAAAUCCUAAUUAUAAAAAAGCUUCCGUUAGCUUGAAAGCUGUAAAAAAAAUUGAAAAAAACCUAAAAUUUGUUCACGCUCCCUAUUGAAGCAAAUAAUUUAAAAAAAUCCUAGUUUUAGCUUGCUUAUUUCAAAUAAACGUUUCGUUCUUGUUUGGCGUUUUGUUUCACAGUCUGAAAACCACACAACACUGUUCGAGAUUCCGGAAUUCACCGCGAAAACUCUCCGACUUCGUUCGUAUGCUUUUAUUAAGUUUUGCUCAAUUGUUGGUAGCUAGUCAGACCGUUCACUCACAUCCAAGACCCCUCUUUAAGAAUCGAUUAUAUUGACUCCCAUUCAUCAAUCGGUUACCUGUUUUGUGUGCUUUGGUCAAGUUCGUCCGCGAAGUCUGGAAGUUUUCCCAGAGACUUCCGCAAAGACACGCAAUCGUUAUUCAAGUGUACCCGGGCUCUGAUAGUCUACGCAAAUUUCAGUUGGGCGCCAAGUGUAACUAGUGGGCGAUCCCUGCCCAGCACUGGUGAGACCCCCCUCCUUCAACUGCCUCAGGGUCGGCGUACGCGCUUGACUAUCGCGGCCAAGGAAACACUUAAACACUUUAUGAUACACAAACCCACUUUAUUUCAACUUUUGCACUACAGGUACCUUUAUUUGACUACUUUUCCACCCACUUUCUUACUGGCUACCUCCUACCUUACUCUCUCUUCUUCUUCACUUUUGGCGGGGCCCCUUCUUCUGGUUCCGCUACUACACCUUCUCCUUCGUCCUUCCUUUCGGUGUCUUUCUUCUACGUUGUCGCCUUCCGUUGGGUUGGGCUGCCGUUCGAUGUCCGAGUCGCGGGUCUAGUCGCGUCGCGUUAACUCCAGGACACGCUUCCAAAAUGGCCGUGCCCCUAUUAUCCGGCGUCUAACUGGCCAACGGCGGUCUAUCCGGUCGACGGAGUGGCGUUCUUGACGGUUGGGCCAAACUCCGGACCUUGGUUGGUUCGCACAGCGUUAAGGCGUACUUUCGGCAGUUCUCCGGCCAGGUAAGUACUAGGCACAGGUAUGUACUAGCUGCACAGGCUAUUUAAAACUAUAGCACAGGGGUCCUGUAUGGGGGGGAUUUUGGCGGUUAAUGAUGGGCUUGGUCGGAAUUAAUGUAGGCCUUGGGUUACCUGGAUGCUUUUUCCUAAUCGCUUCUUCCACUUUCGCACGACUUGUAACAAAGUCACUUUCUUAAAUUUGGUUCAAUCACUUUUGGUUUAGCUUUGCUAACUCACGUCUUCACUUCUCGAGAAUUGUAACGUAAUUGCUGGAUUAGCGAUGGCGGUUCAUGCUCCAAGCCUUCGACCGUGCUGUAAUCCGCCCAUCAUAUUUCGCCCCAUCAUGGCCCCCCUUUACACCACCCACAAUGGCCGCCCAACAUGUCCUUCUGCGAUGCCUGGUGGUGAGUAGCGGAACUAUUGGCUGCGUUACCUCACAGUGGGUGUUGGGUAGUGUCCAGUUUAGACAUUUAAGGACUUCCUUGGAUUUACAUAACAAAACAACGAAACACAAAAUCACGAAAAUCUCACAAAUCUUGGACACUUCAACACACCACUGGUUACA